AUGCUGUUCACUGUCGUCACUAUUAUAUUCUUACCCCUGUCGUUCAUGGCUGCAUUCUUUGCCAUCAACAUUGACGUUUUCCCCGUCAAUGAGAAUGGAAAGCUGAGCCUUGAUCACGUCCUUCGGAACAUGCUGGGAGUCUCGGCUGGCCUGUCAGUGCCAUUCAUUCUCAUAGCCUUCAAUCAAGAAAUUAUGAUCAAAUGGAACAGAGCUGUUAGAAAGGAACUCAGUGUAAGAUUUAUUACGAUCACUUUCUUUGUGCCGUCUAUGAUUACCGUCAUCUUGAGCGUUCUAUGGUUCUCGUACGUCGACACCUCGAUGAAGACGGGGAUAACAGUCAUGGUGGUCCUCCUGACUGCGGGUGGUUAUGUGGGUUUCGGAGUGUAUAAGCUGGUUCAUCUGGCAAGACAACAAGUUGGUACCGUUACCGAGCCAUCCUCGGGAAAUGAAUCAGCAAAUAACUAUGACGACGACUAA